AUGAGCAUGAGGCAGCUUACAAUCAUCAUCAUCGCUCAAUGCCGUUUUUCUUUUCAGGUUUUCGAAAUGGUCGAUCAAAAGGCUCGACAGGAUUGCUUAAAGGAGAUUGAUUUGCUCAAACAGCUGAACCAUGUUAAUGUUAUAAGGUAUUACGCCAGUUUUAUGGACAACAAUCAAUUGAACAUAGUGUUGGAGCUGGCUGAGGCAGGAGAUAUGAGCAGAAUGAUUAAGCAUUUCAAGAAAAAUGGUCGACUGAUACCAGAAAGAACAAUCUGGAAGUAUUUCGUGCAACUUGUCAGGGCUCUGGCUCAUAUGCAUUCGAAACGAAUUAUGCAUCGAGACAUCAAGCCUGCAAACGUGUUCAUCACCUCUGAAGGAGUAGUCAAACUGGGUGAUUUGGGACUUGGGCGGUUUUUCAGCUCCAAAACUACUGCGGCACACUCACUCGUGGGUACCCCAUACUAUAUGUCUCCUGAGCGUAUUCAAGAAAGUGGCUACAAUUUCAAAUCGGACUUGUGGUCGACAGGUUGUCUGUUGUAUGAAAUGGCAGCGCUGCAGUCACCAUUCUACGGCGACAAGCAGAAUCUCUAUUCACUGUGCAAGAAAAUAGAAAACUGCGAGUACCCUCCGUUACCCGCUGACAUCUACUCCUCACAGCUCCGAAAUCUAGUCUCGCACUGCAUAUCACCGGAUCCCUCACGGCGACCCGAAACCACUCAAGUGCUCGAAAUCGCUGAGAAGAUGAACUACUACUUCCAGCAGCUACCCGGGCCGACACCGAGCACGAAAUGA